AUGGACCCCGAUCACCGCGAGCGCCGUCGCCGCGAACGUCGAAACUCCUCCUCCCACGAGCACGAUGCCGAACGCCGGCGAAGAAGAGGCCACCGGGCCACUGAUUCCCAAGGGGACCUCCUCCCCAGAGCACACCGCUCAUCGCGACACCAGAGCGACUCGGAAUGGGACUCACCUUCUCCGCGCAAGCGGCGUGGCGACAGCACACCCAGCACGCAGCGCAGUCACCAGUCUGCACCGCUGAGUCUCGAUGCAAUUCAGAAGCUAGAUAAGGCGAAUGCGAAAAAAGCUGGGUGGAGAGGGUAUGAUUACGACGAACAGUAUUUGAAAGAGGUGCGCUCAAAGGAGAAGGCCCUUGAGAAGGAUCGAGUCAAGGAGCAGAGGGAGGAAAGGAGGAAGGAGAGGGCGAAUGAAAGUGAUGCUGCUAUUGAGGCGGCGGCGCGCAAACGCAGGGAAUCCAGACAGCGCUCACGGGCGGAGAGUAAGCGGCGAAGCGCUGCGUCUGAUAAUGAGGGGGCGCAGAGGACCGCUGCGCAAAGGAUGGGCGCGUAUGCCGGGACGGAGAGGAAGGAUAAGAGGAGGAGUCAUACGAGUGCGGAGAGAGAAGAGCGGAGAAGAGCUCACGAGGAGAAGUACACGACGUCCGAGAUUGCGGAGAAGAAGGAAAGGAGGCGGCAAGAGAAAGCACAGCGGAUGACCGAGAAGAAGAGAAGGGUUGUCAGUGGCCCAUUGGCAGAGGAAGGGGGUGUCGAAGAUGAGGAGUAUCAGUAUAUGAUGGAAAAGAGGGGUGGUGCCGGGGCGCCGUCAGAAUAUACGGAAGAAGAAAUGGCGCAGCGGAAAAAGAAGAAGAAGAGAAUACUAAUUGCUAUUGCGUCCGUAUUGCUUCUUCUUGCUAUCAUAAUUCCAGUAGCUGUCGUGGUUUCGAAGAAGAGCAGCAACAAAGAUGACGGUGGCUCGGCCGAUAGCGCAGCAUCAGGAGACUCGAAACCAUCCAAUAGCAAUCUCGACGGCAAAGACCCCGAUAGCGUACCAGACGCAGAUAAGGGUGGAUGGAUGGACCCGUGGUCAUGGUGGGACACGACCGAUUUUAAUGUCACAUAUACCAGCGCAAAAGUCGGUGGUCUUCCCAUGAUUGGUCUCAACUCCACUUGGGAUGACGACGUCCAAGCGAACGACAAAGUGUCCAACUUGAAAGAUGAUUUCGGUUAUGGAAAGAACCCCAUCAGAGGGAUAAAUGUAGGCGGCUGGCUCAACCUCGAACCCUUCAUCACACCCUCCUUUUUCGAAUCCUACUCUGCACGCGACAACAUCAUUGACGAAUGGACGUUCAUCCAGAAACUCGGCGGUCCUUCACAGGCUAAACAAACCCUCGAGAAACAUUACUCCUCCUUCAUCACUCGCCAGACUUUUGUGGACAUCCGCAACGCCGGCUUUGACCACGUCCGCAUACCUUUUGGCUACUGGAUGGUUGAAACGUACGACGGCGACCAAUACGUUGGGCAAGUUGCGUGGCGGUAUAUGCUUCGAGGCAUCGAGUAUGCACGCCAGCAAGGACUACGAAUCAAUCUAGACAUGCAUGGCGCGCCCGGCAGCCAAAACGGCUGGAACCACUCCGGAAGACAAGGCGUUAUCGGCUGGCUAAACGGCACAGACGGCGAGACAAAUGCAAACCGAUGGCUCGACAUCCACCACAAGCUCUCCGUCUUUUUCGCGCAAGACCGGUACAAAAAUAUAGUCACCAUGUACGGCCUCGUUAACGAACCUCGCAUGGUCGACCUUAAUACCGACGACGUGAUAACAUGGUCUCAAAAAGCCGUCACGCAGAUCCGCAAAGACGGCAUCAAAGCUAUCCUCGUCUUCGGUGACGGCUUCCGCGGCCUCGACAACUGGAAGGACUCCCCACUGCAGAAGAACGACGACAUGCUCCUCGACGUCCACCAGUACGUCAUUUUCAACCUCGACCAACUUCAGCUCAACCACACCGACAAACUCAAUUUCGCGUGCAAGGCGUGGACAAAACAGUCCCAGCGCAGUAUGGACACCGCGACCGGCUUCGGACCCACCAUGUGCGGCGAGUGGUCUCAGGCCGACACAGAUUGCACAAAGUAUAUCAACAACGUCAACAUCGGGACUCGUUGGGAGGGCACCCUGGACACGGGCAAUGCCUCCACCUCCGUCCUCGAUCCGUACUGCCCGCUCAAAUCCAGCGCGUGCAGCUGCGCCAGCGCAAACGCUGACCCAAGCAACUACUCUGACGCGUACAAGAAGUGGCUGUAUCAGUUCGCUGUUGCUCAAAUGAUUAGUUUCGAGGCGGGCUGGGGCUGGUUCUAUUGGACGUGGAAGACGGAGAAGGCGACGCAGUGGAGUUGGCAGGCGGGAAUGCAGGCAGGGAUCUUACCGAGUAAGACGUAUGAUAGGGAUUUCACUUGUCCGGACGACUCCGCCGAUUUAGUAGAUUACGGGAAGUUGGGGUUGGCGGAGACUUAUUAG